UUCGAUAUAUAUAUAAUAUUUUUAUUAUGUGCUUUAAUCUAGUCCGUCGAGAAUUUAUAGUAAAAUAAAGUGAAAUUAAAUUAAAUAUCUGGAGAAAGUUCAAAUCUGACGUCACAUUAUUUCACAUUCACAGGGUGGAGUGAAUGGCCGCAAUAUACAACCUUUUGCUAUUUAAUAACCAAUGUACACGGAAUGGCAAAAUUUAAAAUAUUUAUAUAAAAAUCAAUGAGCACAUGGAUAUUUAAAAAGUGAUAAACUCUUCGUGUCUGAUUACUGUUUCGUUGUUUUAAAGCAGCGAACUGCAUUUCUAAUUAGCUAAAGAUAUUGUACAUGAAUAUUUAAAAUUGAUAUAUUCGAUUUUUCAGGGCUACCAAAUAUCGAUAAGAUUGCGGCAUCUUGAAAAGUCAACUUGCCUUUGCGAUACGAAAAAAAUAUUUACAUUUUGCGCCUUUUUACAGCAAUUAUAUUUAUAAAUUAUUGUACUGAAACCAUCAAGUUAAUUUCGUUUUUGUGUUGAACGCUUCUACAAAAUGGACUACAUAAAACUGCAGGAUCAAGUGAAAGCUUUGAAGAAUUUGGGAGAACACUUGGAAAACAAGCUAAAACUUGUCAAUUUUGAGGUCUGUGACUUGCAAAACGAUGUCUUAACAUUGGUGGACAAAUGUGUGGAUAUUCAGGUAGACGGAAAUCUAAACGAUCUGAACUUGAAUUAUUUACGUGAAUUUUACUAUACUAAAAAGCGUGAACAGAUCGAAACCAAGCUAACUGUAACACAGCAAAGAGCAGAGAUAAAGAAACUUCAGCAUGAAAUAGACGAGAUCGGCAAGGAUAUUGCAGGGCUUGAAAAAUUUACCACCUCAGUUGAUAAGCGCAUGACCCCAGCGGCUGUCCAGCAGCAGAUCAAUGAAGUCGAGGCAAAGUCCAAGGCUCUUGUAGACAGACAAAAGGGGCUUAAAGUGCCAGAGGAUUUUAAUAUUGAGGCGGUUAUAGAAAAGAUCGAGAUGCUGGAGCGAAAGAAAUAGAUCUGUAUCUGGUUUUUUGUAUAAAAAUGAUUUUAAUAUGUUUUUAUUUAAUCUGUUGAUUCAAAAAAAAUUAAUUACCAUAACACAAAAUCAGCAAAUCUAAA